GGUUUGGUAGGUCAUUAAGUACAAAAAUUUAAAUGGAAAGUCCGCAGCUAGAAAGUGAUAGCGCAUGGCGCAUUGGCGUGUAAUGUUUAGUAGUGGUUAUAGCUAAUUGUAACAUAUACGCACACAUACACACACGAUUCCACGUGUUAGAAGGAAAAUAAUUAGACGCUAUUUAUGUUGAUAUUUAUGUUAAUAUUUUAAAUUUAUUUUAUUUCAAAUUAAAGUUAUUAAGUUGUGGACAAUUAUCCCAAUAAUAUUUUCUGUAAUCAAUAUGCUUCAAGAUUAUCUUUUAAAGCAUCAUAUAAAAGAUUUAGAAGAAAUAUUAAAUGCUACAAAGGAUCAUGUGUUCUAUUCAAUACAAGUAAAUUUUGUGUCAUUAUUUGAAGCUGAUGCAGAGAUUGCACAGAAAAUCUUACGCAAUCCUAGACAUUAUUUACCAUUAUGCGAUGAAGCAGCAGUAAAAGUUCAGGAACAAUUAUGCAAAACAGAUCAAACAAUAAAGACUAGAGUUCACAUUAGAAUUACUGCAGUACCAAUAAAAAUUGACAUAGGUCAAAUUGGUGAACUGGUUUCAACAUCUGGAAUUGUAGUCCGCAUGUCUCAACCUACAAUUAUGAAGUUGAAAAAACGUUUUGUCUGUAAAAAAUGUAAACAUACCAGUGUGGUUAAGCUAGAGUGGGAAAGACAAUUGUUUAAAAAUAUUAAAUGUUGUGAAGCAUGUCGUUCACCAAAUAUAAAAGCUUUAACAUCUUUAGAACAAGAUGAUUGUUCAGAUUAUCAAGAAAUAAAGAUUCAGGACAAAUGUAAAGCAGAUACACAAAGUUAUUAUUCAAUGGGUCUACAAGUAAUUUUGUUAGAUGAUUUGAUUGACAAAUGUAGACCUGGUGAUACUGUAGACAUAAGUGGAAUAGUUAUACGAAAAUGGAGUACAUUAAAAGUUGGUCAUCGCGCGGAAGCCACGACGUUUCUGAUGGCCAACAACAUUUCGAUACAAAAAAAAAUCUCAGAAGCAACAUUUUCUACUGUUGAAAUAAGAGAUACUUUUACAGCAUAUUGGGAACAUUAUAGAGAUAAUGCGUUAGCUGGUAGAGACAAUAUUCUUGCCUCUAUUUGUCCCCAAUUAUAUGGAAUGUAUAUCGCAAAAUUAGCAUUGGCUAUUGUUUUGUGCAGUGGAGUGGCAAAAACUAAUGAAACAGGAACACGUGUAAGAGGUGAACCUCAUCUUCUUUUAAUUGGAGAUCCUGGAACUGGUAAAUCGCAAUUACUUCAUACUGCGUCUCGAUUAAUUACACGGUCUGUCUUUACAACUGGUAUUGGUACUACUGCUGCUGGACUUACAGCAGGAGCUGUCAAAGAUUCGGAUGGUUGGCAUUUGGAAGCUGGUGCUUUGGUCCUCGCAGAUGGAGGUAUAUGUUGCGUGGACGAGUUUACGACAAUGAGUUCGCAUGAUAGAACUUCUGUACACGAAGCAAUGGAACAACAAACAAUUUCCAUAGCUAAAGCCGGUAUGCUGACUACUUUAAACAGCCGUUGCUCUGUCAUUGCAGCCAUUAAUCCAGAUGGAGGAUGUUUUAUGGGUGAAGAAUGGAAAAGCUGUUUGGGAAAUCCGCUUUUGUCGCGUUUCGAUCUGAUCCUCCUUCUGAAAGAUACUAGAAAUCCCGAGUGGGAUAGAAUGACAUCGAGUCAUAUUUUGAAAGCUGCUUGUGAAGAAAACGAAGAAAAUAAUUCAUAUUCCGAAACAUAUAUGGGUCCUUUGAACUUAACAGGUUUGUGGAUGGAGGAUACUCUCUGUGAAUAUUUCGCGCACGUGCGUACGUGGAAACCAGUAUUAACCGAAGAAGCAAAAAAAAUACUUAGUGCAGCUUAUCUUUAUCAUAGAUCAGAUCCAUAUAGGAGACCUGAGAGAACAACAGUACGACUUUUAGAUAGUCUUAUCAGAUUAGCAGAGGGUCAUGCAAAACUUAUGUACAGAACUAAAGUAGAAGUUAUAGAUGCUAUAACCGCAGCAGAAUUAAUUGGAACUACUCUGUUAAGUUCUGAUGUUGGUUGUCCAUUUCCUACAGAUCCAAUCGCAACAAAUCAUUCCAAAGCAAAAGAUUUACUCAAAAAACUAGAGUUACAAGAAUUAGAAUCAUGUAUAUAAACAUCAAUUGUUAAUGAAAUAUUUUUAUAAUAAAUUUCUAUUAAGUCUUUGAUUAAGAUUUUAUAAAAAUACGCGCGCAUAAUUGUGAUUUUAUAUAAAAAUUUAUAUUUAAUAUUUUAAAUAAUUGUUUAUAACAAUUAAUUUUAAGAUUUUCAAUUGUAUUUAUAUAUAUGUUUAUUAUAAUAUGUAAAGAAAUACAAAUAAACAUAAGUAUAUCUCAGUUCUAACAAACAAUAAUCGCAUGUUUUAAUACUUUAAUUGAAAAAAAUCAUAUAAAUAAGUUCUUAUAAUAAUCAUGAAUAAUUUUCUUUAACGCAUUUGUAUAAAUUAUAAAACAAUAUGUUUAUAAAUAUAUAUCCAUAAAUUUUUUCAGUAAAUUCUAACUUUUUUCUGUUAUAUAACAUAACCCGCAAAAAGCAAGAGUUUAAUUUGAAAAAUAACAAUUAGAAUGAAAAAUAAUUAAAUGCAUUAUAUAUAUAUAAAGGGGAAUGUGUAUAGGAUUUUAUAAGGUUUAUAAAAAGGUUAUAUGUCAACAUUCACAUAAGUAAAUUAGCAUUUAUGUUAAUAUUUAACAAAUUUGAAUCAAAUUAUGUUCUAUAAUUGAAUCCAAUUAUUUGGAUUUGGAAAAAGAUUUAAUUACCAUUUUUUUAUCCUAGUAAUUGGUCUUAUAGCUUAUACAUAAUCAUAUUAUUAUAAAACUGUGCCACUAAAAUAUGAAAGCUAGUAAAUAUAAGCAAUUAUAUAAUAAUAAAAUUAUAGAUAUGAUUAUCAACAGCUCACUCAUAUCAGUUGAUUCUAAUUU